AUGGCUGGGGUGAUGUUCAUGGUUUUCCUUUGCCUCUCUGCAGGAGCAAUGUUGGGAGUCCAGGGUGAAGACCCUUACUUGUUCUUCACAUGGAACGUCACCUACGGCACCCUCUCUCCUUUGGGGGUUCCCCAACAGGUGAUUCUCAUCAAUGAUCAAUUCCCCGGACCCAAUAUCAACUCCACCAGUAACAACAACAUUGUCAUCAAUGUCUUCAACAACAUUGAUGAGCCCUUCCUUUUGACAUGGAGCGGCAUCCAGCAGAGAAAGAAUUCAUGGCAAGAUGGAGUUCUUGGGACCAACUGUCCAAUCCUCCCAGGAACCAACUUCACCUACCACUUCCAGGUUAAGGACCAGAUUGGUAGCUACAUCUACUACCCAACCACAGGCAUGCACCGUGCAGCUGGAGGCUUUGGCGGCCUUCGCAUCAACAGCCGCCUACUCAUCCCUGUACCUUAUGCUGAUCCCGAGGAUGACUACACUGUCGUACUUAAUGACUGGUACACUAAGAGCCACACUGCUCUCCAGAAGUUAUUGGAUAGCGGGCGCUCUCUUGCAAGGCCUGACGGCGUCCUCAUCAAUGGCAAAAACGCUAUGGGAGAUGGCAAGGAUGAGCCUCUCUUCACAAUGAAGCCUGAAAAGACAUACAAGUAUAGAAUCUGCAACGCUGGGCUCAAGAAUACUCUCAAUUUCAGGAUCCAAGGCCAUACGAUGAAGCUUGUGGAGAUGGAGGGCUCACAUGUGGUGCAAAACGUGUACGAGUCACUCGAUGUCCAUGUUGGACAGUGCUUCAGUGUCCUCGUGACAGCCAACCAAGCUCCCAAAGACUACUACAUGGUGGCUUCCACCCGAUUCAAUAAGCAGGUUCUCACCGCCAAGGGCAUCAUUCGUUACACCAACGGCAAGGGUCCAGCAUCACCUGAGCUCCCUGAGGCACCAGUUGGAUGGGCUUGGUCUCUCAAUCAAUUCCGUUCCUUCCGCUGGAACCUUACAGCCAGUGCUGCUAGGCCUAACCCUCAAGGCUCUUACCACUACGGUUCCAUCAACAUCACCCGCACCAUUAAGCUCGUAAACUCAGCUAGCCGAGAAGGUGGCAAGCUUCGCUAUGCCCUCAAUGGCGUCUCUCACGUUGAUCCAGAGACACCUCUCAAAAUUGCCGAGUACUAUGGGGUUGCAGACAAGUUGUUCAAAUAUGACACCAUGGAGGACAGUCCACAAGCAGACAUUGCUCAAGCUAAGAUUGUCUCACAACCCAAUGUCCUUAACCUCACUUUCCGUAACUUCGUAGAGAUCAUCUUCGAGAACCACGAGAAGAGCAUGCAAUCAUAUCACUUGGAUGGUUAUUCCUUCUUCGCAGUCGCGGUGGAGCCAGGCACUUGGACACCUGAAAAGAGAAAGCACUACAAUCUUCUUGAUGCAGUGAGCAGGACAACCGUUCAGGUCUUCCCCAAAUCCUGGGCUGCCAUUCUUUUGACAUUCGACAAUGCUGGAAUGUGGAACAUCAGGUCAGAGAUGUGGGAGAGGGCUUAUCUAGGACAACAGUUGUAUGCCAGUGUUCUUUCCCCUGCUCGCUCCCUAAGGGACGAGUACAAUAUUCCUGAUAAUACGUUGCUAUGUGGCCUCGUCAAGGACUUGCCAAAACCCGAACCUUACAGCAUCUAA